AUGUACGGCGGGUAUCCGAACCAGAAUUAUCCCAAUCAGAAUAAUUAUCCGAAUCAAAAUUAUCCUCCUCCUCAACAAAAUUAUCAGCAGAAUCAGCAAAAUUAUGGCCAGCAGCCUCAGCAACCCCAACAACAAUAUAAUCCAAAUAUGCAUCAAUAUAAUCCCAAUGUGCAGCAGUAUUACAAUAAUCCGCCCGGCCCACCUCGACCGUUUGUAUUUAUGAACAUGAUGCCUCCGAACUAUUACUAUCAGGCGCCUCCGAUGAUGCCUCCCAAUCAGUACUAUCAGCAGAUGCCACCACAGGCGCAGUUUCAACAAGUCUAUCAACAGCGACCAACUCCCGCUCGGGCUCCUCCCCAACCAAUUCCACCGCACUACCAUGCAGUCAUUCAACAUCAACAAAUCCCCCAAUCGAUAUCAUAUCCAGUACGAGAACGGCCCGAAUCGCCCAACAAAACGUUCAUACAUGGAGUGAUAAUUGGGAAAAGCAAAGAUGGAAAAGACAAUUUCGUACUGUAUUCCGCCAAGUGUGGCCUCUGUCAUAUUAGUCAUGAAGUGCCGGAUUUGUUCAUUGGACAAUGGCUUGGAAUCACUGUAAGUAUUCCAAACUACAACGGAGACGUCCUUCUGGAUCGGUCGAAUAGUGAGGGAUACGAAGAUCGAGACGAUUUGCCUGAUCCGAUGUACACGUGUGUACGGUAUCUGCCAACCAGAGAGGAUCCGAGUUUAGGAGAAGUUGUGGUCACUUGUCGCUUCCGCGUCUUUCCGGACCACGAAACUCGCGGAUGGGCGGUCCAUAGUUAUGAUAUAAUGUUCAGUGAUAUUAUCGAUGAUUAUAAACUGAUCAGCACUAGCAACGAUUGGUUCAAUGGCCGCAUUUUUAUUGUCGAGGCCCAAGCAUCAAUGGCAGGCUGGGUAGCACUACGAGUAACCGAGGAUCAACGGAAGGAGUUCAGUUGUGAUGCAGUAAGUAUCCCAGAUGGAAAACGAAAACUUCCCUCUCCACUCGUAGAUUUCAACAUUCAAUGGUUGGAAGACUGCGAUCCGGCACUAUUGAAGAUCAUGACCGGCAACGGCUAUGUCCAACCGCCAGAACAUGCACUACCACCACCGCCACAAGAUUUUUUUGAUGAGCUUGGUGGAAGCGUUGGAUUGAACCAACCUUCCACCUCAGCGACAAUGGCAUCGGAAUCUUCUGAACGCGAACUACGUCAAAUCGACGCAUGUAUCAGUCGAGCGACGCUCACACAAGACACAGUUCCAGCACCGCCACAAACGACGCUGAUGGCUGAAAAAGAGGAAACGACGACGCAACAGAAGCCGUCAGAAUCCAAAGAAGUGCUGUCAGACGAUGAGAUAGACGAUGAGGACACCGAUGGAGCGCUUGGGACGCAUGGUAUGGUGAAGAAGGAGUUUUUGAAGGAUGUUUCUGGAAAAACGUAUCAAAGGUUCCAACAGGAACGGGCUAGGACUGAUCAAAAGCCUGAAUCUGCUCUCUGUGUCGUCGUGCAGAAGAUCGAUCGAAUCGCAGUGAUGUACACUGCCAAGCGAGACGUCCAGAACGUUUUGCUCUAUGAGCAAGAAUGCGAAGGCGUUCACGAACCACUCCAUCUCGGACAAAUCGCCUAUUUUGAAAUCUCGCCGAGACGAAUGGAGACGCAGGAUGAGCUGUUGCCAAGGGCUCCGUAUUCGCAUAUUGCAGUGCGAAUGAAGCAAUAUGCACCGGAAUUCCAGUCGAAAUUCGAUCGAUUCAAACGUCUCGUUCGCUGCUUCGGAGGCCUCGUCGAGAUGAAAGUCACGAUUCCCCUGACCCGAAAAGGCGCUCUCGAGAUUUUCCACCUUCCAGAAGAGGAAUCCACUCACGAACAAGACAAAACGUUCUACUAUCUUCAUGCGACAAACGGAGUGCGAGUAUCGAUUCCAUGGGAUCGACUGGUUCCAUUUUUGAAGACUGAUAUGACUGCGGACUUUGAUUUGGUCGCAUGGGCGUCACAUCGGAAAGCAGUGGGUACUGUAAAUCUACAUAUCGGACGGAGUGGAGAGGCGUUUCGGAAGUAUAAGGAUGGAAACGUCGAGGAGUUGCCGCCACUCUCGGCUAGUCGCUAUUUGAUGAAUGCGAAAAAACUGUGA